AUGGCCCACCUACGCGGCCAACGACGGCAGUAUGCGGGACAACAGGGAGCACAGCCUGAGCAGCGACACAUCAAGCAAGAGUCAUUUGACGCUGCCUCGUCACUCUUUGGCAAUGCAGGCACGGGCGGCGACGACUUCUUUGCUUCUCCUGCCGCACAAGCGCAACAGAAUACUCCCUUCCAGGCCGUCGUAGAGGAGCCAGAGCAAAAGUAUGAUCCUUACGCGGACAAUGACGGUCAGGCGGCUUAUGGCGCUCAGCAAGAGCAACCUCAAUAUGGCGCCUAUGCGAGCUAUGACGCACAGGCAGACGUCUAUGCUGAUUACGACCGCUCUCCCGUCAACGGCACGAUCGACUUGCAACCUGCGCCAAGCUUCCAAAAUUAUAACAACACCUACUCUGCUCCUAGCGCGAAUGAGCGGCGACCCUACCUUUACGGCGACCCACAGCAGAACGAUUAUGGAACGCUGCAGAGCGACGCCGCUGGCUACGACCAGCACGCCACUUACGGUGCUCCCACUGAGGAUCCCUACACGAGCCAAUAUGCGGCAUAUGCGCCGCAAACGCAGAAUGGCAUUGAUGAAUACGGCCUCUCUGACGACGUCGUUGAUGAUGACGACGAGUAUGAGAAAUGGGUCAACUCAGUCUCUGCAGCUCCCUCCGCCCCACCGGUACAGGCUGCUCAAGCCACCACGAAUGGGUACGGGGCGCAGGGCCUGGCAGAGUACGCUCAAACGGCAGCUACUCAGCCAGAAGUGGAAGACAUUCAGCAGCAAGAGCAUCAUGCGCAGCAGCACUACGCUCAGCAGUAUGUUCAGCCUCAACCCGAGGCUGCGAUCCAAUCACAGACGUACGCUAAUGGCCAUGGCCGCGCCUAUGCUGCGCCGACUUCGCCUAGUGCCGCCUACGACAUUGGUGCUUCUGCAGACGCAUUACUUCCUCCGAAAAAGCCUACACCGCCAGUACUCGCCAUCGAUACUUUGCAGUAUACGCCUGCCGAGCAAGAGGCUGCUGACGCCUUGGAUGAGAUUGAAGACGAGUGGGGACUUGGCUCGCCCAGCGAUCUAGCAGAAGAGACGCCCAAGUCUGCGGAGUCUGGCGCACAAUACGCUCAGAGACCGAUGACGCCGCAGCAAACUGCGCCAAAGACACCAACGAUCCUGUCGCCUCCUCCGCCGCCGCGUAUGCUCACACGUCAGCCUCCGACACCGAAAUCGAGCGCUAAUGGUUUCACCUCUGCCCCUGCUCAGCCAAAAUCUCCCUCGAUCAAAUCUCCGCCUGCGUUUGCGCCGCCUCCGAAGUCCUUCAAAUCACCGACAGCGCCUGCAAAGGCUAGUCAGAUCGUUGCUGCCGCGGAGCCUGCGUCGAGCAUGGCGAUUGCGCCGCAGCCAAAGCCGGUGCCAACAAGUAUGAAGUCACCACCGUUGCGAAGUCUCAAAUCGCCGCCGCUAGUCUCUGCACCAAUCAAGCUGGCAGCGCCUGUGCAACAAGCGGCGGUCAAUCGGCCGCAGGCACCUAUGCCGCCGCCCAGUAUGCCGACUGUGACGAGUCCAAAGCUACAGCCAGAGCCAGCCAUCGAUUUUGGCGGAGACGAUGACUGGGGCUUUGAUGACGAGGUCGCUGUGCCUGCGUCAGCUACGCCGGAGCCUGCCCUGCCAAUCGGGGAGCAAAGUCCAAAGGUGCCAGAGCUGCGAAGCCAGUCCACCGAGCUGCAGAGUGAGCCCGUCACGACAAUGGCAGCGACAGGAGUUCCCAGCAAGGCGCCAGUGGAGCCAGUGCACGACGAUCUGGGCGAAGAUGGCUGGCCUGAGGUGCCAGAAGACUUGCUGCAGGAAUCAGUCAUGCCUGAGGCUAUCGCCGAUACUUUGCCUGUGCCGACUUAUCAGCCCGUUGAGAGCGAACAAGUCGCAGUACAAGCAGAAUCUGUGCAAGAGUCUGCUGAGAUACCAGCAGAGGAAACGGAUGCACACGCCUCAACCCUACCUGCAACUAUAGACGAUCCGUACGCUGCUUACUCUCAACCGCAGACUGUGGCCAGCUACGCUUAUGACCCAUACUCACCUUACGACGAUCGGCCGGCUCAACAGCCGCUAGGGGCCCCCGACUUACACGUGUCUCCUUCCGCGAACGCAUAUGAGCCAGAUCAGUAUGCACCUCUCGAGCCGGCGGAAACCGAAUACACGCAGCAAGACUACAGUAGCACUGAUUAUACGUCUCAGCCGGGGGACGUCGAUCAAGCUCCGCAACAUUAUACACCUGAGAUGGAUACGACACGAGCGCAACUCAUCGAGGACCCAUAUGCUCAAGCUCCAAGCGACGUGGGACGCUAUGCGCAGGAGCAAUACGCGCGUGAGGCUCAUACGAUCGAGCCGUAUCAGCAAGAUCAGUAUGCGCAAGAUCCAUAUGCGCAAGACCGCUAUGCGCAAGAGGCAGAGGGUCUGGGGCAGUAUGCAGAGGACCCGCAAGGGGCGCAAGCGGAUCAUCAGGCGGCAACUUUGCUGGUCAGCGAGGACACGUCAAAUGGCUACGCGCAACCUUGUGAUCCAUAUGCGCCCGCAUCAUCGCUUGCCCAAGAGCAGCCGGUAUCGACCUACGAAGUCUACGCAGCGCCAAAGAUGGAAGACUCCUACACGCCUUCUGUUGAGGCCUACCCGCCGCCCAAUCUGCCACUCCAUGCAACGGCUGCCCCGCGCGAGCUGAAGCGUGAGGUCGCUAGUCCACCUUUGCGACCAUCAGAGCUGCCUUCAAAGCCUGCGAGAUCGAGCAGUGACGUCUUCGAUCCCUACGCGCUGCCUCGGCCAAAGUCUCGCGCUCGGGCUGCGCUCCGACCUAACAUGUUCUCACCGCCGACGCCUUCCCAGAGCCAGCCAAUGCCGACGUCAGCUGUAUCACAGUCUGCACAGAUAGCCGAUCAUCCAACGGUAGAAGUGGCAGCAUCGAUGUCUCUACCCGAAAAUGAGCCGCAAGUACAGCCAUCGCCCCGCGCAUUCGAGUUCCAACAGCAGAGCGAGCCGUACAGGGCAGAUCAACUUGGGAGAGACGAGCGGCCGCCAAUCCCUUUGGCCUGCUUCGCAUUCGGUGGUAAGCUUGUGACAUGGUUCCCGCAAUCGACCGCGAGUCUAUCGAGUGCUUACGGCCAGCCUUUCAAUUCGACCGUCCAAAUUCGUCGAAUCGAGACAGUUAUGCCGAAAGCACCUAUCAGCACAUUCAAUGGUCCACUGUUCAUGGAUGGAGGCUCGCGUGCGAAUCAUACGAAAAAGCGCAAGGAAGUUCAGCAAUGGCUAGAUACGCGCGUAAUCGAAUUGGAAAGGCAAAUCGAGAGCCAGGCGACACUGGUCACUGGUUUCGACUACGGCUCUUCUGAUGCUACACGUACCUCAGAGCGCGUCCGAGCGAUAGAAGAGAAGCUUGUCAUGCUCAGGCUCGUUCGCAUCCACCUCGCGCACGAGGGCAAAAUCUCCGGACUGCCGGCCAUCGACGAUGCUGUGCGCGCCGUGCUGCUGCCUGCAAGUGAACAAGAAGGCGUGGAGAACUCCCUCAGUCUUCCAAUCGCUGCACAAUUGUCACACGGGCGGCAGGCUACUGGCGAAUCAGCAAUUGCAUCAUAUAGCAUUAUGCCGAAUGACGUUCAGCUGCUGCAGAAGCUGUUGGUACACGGCAAAAAGCAGGCCGCUCUGCAGCACGCGCUCGAUAACCGGCUAUGGACUCACGCGUUGCUUAUUGCAAGCGCAAUGGAUAAGCAAACGUGGCAAGAUGCAGUUACGGAAUUCAUCAAGGAUGAGCUAGGCCCGCAAUCCGGCGGUGGGAAGGAUACAGAGGCUCUGCGCGUCGUCUAUGGUCUUUUGUCGGGCGCUGGCGGAAGCGCUGUCCAUCAGAUCGUGCCGCCUCGCUCGCUCGCGUUCUUGACGAUGAUGCCAUCUGCGCCUAGUCAGCUUUCUCUGCCCGGCAUGGCCAUCUCGCGGGCUGCGACACCUGCAUUCCAGCGACAGGCCGAUCCAGAUGCUGUGCCUGCUGUGCCAGCCGAGACUCUCGACAAGUGGCGGUCAAUUGCGGCAGGUAUAGUAGCCAACAGGACUGCUGGCGAUGCACAGGCAUUGAUCGCUCUUGGUGAUCUACUAGUGCAAAACCAGCGUACUAUGGCUGGUCAUUGCUGCUAUCUCCUUUCGCCGAUCGCGAAUAUACUCGGCGGACCAGAUAUGGCCGGAAGUCGCUUGCGUGUCCUCGCUCGACAUUCAAGUCCGUCAGUAGAGGAUAGCAUCGAGACUGAAGGUGUCAUCUUGACCGAGAUCCUGGAAUAUGUCGCCGCGCUACUACCGACGCCGAAAGGUCAAGAGCCAUAUCCAGGCAUGGCGCACCUGCAAUCAUAUCGCUUGUGGCAUGCCUGGCAGCUUACGGAAGUCGGGAACAACUCGCAAGCUCUCAGGUAUUGCGAAGCGAUCACAGCGACACUGAAGCAGCCCUCCCGCGCGCCGAUCUAUUACCAUGCCGCGCUUAUAACUCAGCUACAGGAUCUCAGCGAGCGGCUCAAUGCGACUCCGCAGGUCGACGACAAAUCCGGCUCCUGGGUUACGCGUAAGAUACAGAGACCGACGCUAGACUCCUUGUGGUCCAACGUCGGCAGCGGCUUGACAAAGUUCGUUGCCGGCGAAGGUGACGAGGGAUCUGCAUCGCCAGUACCAGCUCCGCAGCCGCCAACGCCGGUGCAAGCGACUGCCUCUCUGCCCAGCGUCGGACCCUUCUCGCAUUACAGCAGCAUUUCACCCGGCGUCAUCCCGCCGGUAGCCUUUCCGAGUGGUGCUAGCGAGCCAGAGGAUCCUAUGCCUGCUGGCCGUCAGUUUACCCGCGGUCACGCGCAUCAGCGUUCAAUCUCGCUCAACGUCACGUCGACGUAUGGACCGACCACCUACUCUGCGCCUUCAUGGGCGACUCAGCACGAUCCGUAUGCGCCAUCGAAUCUGUCUCACGAGACGACGCCUCGAGACUCAAUCGAUUCGUAUGCGCCGCCCACGUGGGGCGCUCAUGAUCCGCGAGCAAUAUCGACAUUCGAAACGGUGCAAGAGAGCAAUGAAGACGAGAGCAACGCUUCGCUGUCAAGACGCGAUGAAGACGACGAGGAUCUGGGAUUUGGCAAUUCAAAGCCGCGCAAGCCCGUCAAUGAUACCGAUGAGCCACAAGAUGGAUCAGCCGAGCCCACAUCAGCGAGCAUCAGUCGUUCUACCUCUGCUGGGCCACGGCCAGGUGAGAGCACUCUCAAGCCUUCGCCGUCCUCUUCAUGGCUCGGAAGACUCUUCAAACGUGAUGGCACAAGUCCGGGACCGAUACGAGCCAAGUUGGGCGAGGAAACCAGCUUCGUCUUCGAUCCUGUCUCAAAGCGGUGGGUCAACAAAAAGGCCGGAGCUACAGAGAGCGAAAGCGCUGCUAUGCCACCCCCGCCACCUCGACGAUCUCAAACGGCGUCGCCUGGCGCUUCUAUGAGGGCUGCGCCUCCCGCGCGCUUCACCACUGUAUCACCGCCUCGGUCGAUCACAGAGGUGGCUUCGCCCGUGACCUCGGGUCCACCGCCGUCCCUGACGCGAAGCAUGUCUGCUCUGCCGACCAAUCCGGCGGUCAGCAGCAUCAAAGCGAGUGAGCCGCCACCUUUGCCCUCACCGCGAACGUCAAGCGCGGGCAACACGCCGCCUCCACCGCCGCCGAGCUCUCGACCGGGCAGCGUGGGCAAAAAGAAAGCAGUACGAGCAAGAUAUGUAGAUGUGCUAGCGCAGCAAUAA